GCUAAACUCGCCAUCCUUGUUUAGUGAGUACAAUGACUAGACACGCUAAAAACUGCACGGCAGGAACGGUUUACACUUAUCACGAGCGAAAGAAGGACACCAAAAAGUCUGGAUAUGGCAGUAAAUCUGUGCGCCUUGGCAGAGAUUCUGUAAAAAACUUCGAUUGCUGCUGUUUAACACUACAACCUUGUCGUGAACCAGUUGUGACACCAGACGGGUUCUUGUACGACAGAGAGGCAAUUUUAGAGUGUUUGUUACAUCAGAAAACCGAAGCUGCCAGGAAAAUGAAAGCUUUUGAAAAGCAGAAGAAGAAGCAAGACGCUGAAGAAGCUGGAAAGGUAGAGGAAAAAGAGAAAUCCAAAGUUGAAUCGUUUGUCAAUAUGGAGAAGCGACUUACCACAAAACCAACGAGUGCAUUCACUGCAUCAAAAGAUAGAAGUGUCAAUGGAUCAUCUGCUGUCGCUGAUGAACAGCAACCAUCUACCUCUAGAGGUAAGAAAAUAGAGUCAUUGGGAGAAGUUUUUUUUUUUUACAUUUUCUUUUGAAGGUGGCCCCAGGUGGCUCUGGUGGCAAUGAUAAAAAUCUUCAAAGUAUCUUUUUUACAUAUUCAUGGCAAUCGAAUCUUUGUGCACAUCUCUGUAGCCCUAAGAUCCCUAAGCGUGAAUAGCAUUCCCCAAAAGGAAAUGAUCACCAACUCAAGAAGCUCCUGAUCGUCAGACAAAUUCUUCUUAUUAACACCUUAGGAAAUAUAUUGAGAUCAGUAGGGAGAAUAUGUAUACAGAUGUUAGAAUGUAAAGGGUUAAGUGGUAAACCUUAAAAUAAACAAGUUAUGGACACCUCUCUAUCUAAUGCCUCUUUACCACCAGCAAAAUAUAUUUAGUUUAAUAAUUUUAAACUGAAUAAAAACCAGCAACAGAAAACUGAAAGACUAAAUUUUACAUAGGGUUCAAGUAAUUACCAACUUUUAUCUUCAUUUUGCCAAAUUUAAAUUUUUUUAAACCCCAAAUUUUAAAUUGACAAUACAUAUUUCAAAAACUUUCUCCUGUAAUCAACAUCUACCCAGUGGUUGUUAAUGUUUACCAGUGAAUGAUCAGAAAAAGCUGACACAGUGCUAGGGGUUGCCAUCGGUAGGCUGACAUCUGAAAUAAUUAAGAGGGUUGCAAUACUUUUAGAUGCUUCAUAAUACAGAGACCUGGAAGAGACCUGGCACAGUGGGUCAAUUAGCUUCUGUUUACUGUACUUUGCAUCAAACAGAGAAAAUAAUCUGAUUAGUAAAUAAUUUCUUCGGGAACCUCUACCAGGACUGAAUUUGCACAUCAUUAGAUAUGGGAUAUGGUCUAAGUCACUUACUGUACCAUUGUGUCUUGCAGAAAAGAACAACAUUUCCUAAUUUUUUUUUUAGUUUAGGCUUUAACUUGAAACAAUAUUUUGGCUUUAUUCUUUUGAAGGUGGCUCAGGUGGCAAUGAUAAAAAUCUUCAAAGUUUUUGGGUCCCAUCCUUGACGCCUGAAGCAAAACCCACUCUUUUGAAGAAACCAGAUACAAAAACCUACUGUCCCAUGAGUCGUAAACCUCUGAGAAUCAAGGAUCUGAUUGCAGUCAAACUAACACCGAUAGAUGAUGGUGAUGACCGACCAAUGGUGGCAAAGUCUGAAAGGUACAAGUGUGCUGUUACUCACGAUGCACUUGGUAAUUCUGUUCCCUGUGCAGUUUUAAAGAACACAGGAAAUGUGGUGACUAUGGACUGCAUUGAGAAGCUAAUUAAGAAAGACAUGCUGUGCCCAUUUACUGGCUCGAAAUUGAAAGAAAGUGACAUCAUUCCACUGCAGCGUGGAGGAACAGGGUUUGCUGGUGCAGGCACACAAUUGGAGGCAAAAAGAGCAGGGCCAGUUUUACAAGCCUGAAACAAUAUCAAGUAGUGACUCUCUGUGGUUCUCUGAAGAAGAAGAACUCUACAUGUAUAUGUUGAAUUUGUUGUGUCAGACACUCUGCAGAGACAAAGAAAGUAGGGCCAGUCUACAAGACAUGCUGGGUCAUCCGAUAGACCUAAAUAAAACCAAGUCUCUGAAAAGGACUCGCUGCACAUGUUGUUUAUAAAUUCUUCCCGUUUUGCAAUUUUUUCAAACCAAUUUUUUCUUAGUUUGUUCUCCUUUGUCGAAUAAGACACAAAUAAAAUCAAACUUACACUGACUUUAAAACUUUGGACCGCAUAUAUGUAUGUACUUACAUGUAGGUUCUCUACUGUAGAUGCACGUGAUACACGUGUGUACGUUAUCACU